AGAAGUUAUAAAAAAUAGAGUUAAGGUAUUUAUAUUGAAAGUUGACUGUUAAAAUGACUAAAGUUAAAGAGUUAAAUAUACAUUCGGCUUCUGUAUAUAUAUAUUUGCCACCAUCCAUUUUGCUGCGUUCUCUUGCCACUAUCCAAAUGCUGAAAGUGAUACCAAAUCCAUCCCUCCAUUUCUCACUUCUUAAAACCUCAAAAACCGAUAAAGAAACCAAGCAACUCCAUGCACUUUCCGUCAAGACCAAUACUUUCUCUCACCCAUCUAUCUCUUCUUGCCUCUUAUCUCUUUAUGCUGAACCCAAAAUCAACAAUCUCGAAUAUGUUUUAUCUAUCUUCAAUAAAAUCCAAGAACCCGCUUUGGUUCUCUACAAUAUUCUUAUCAAAUGCUACAUUCAAAACCAAUUAUCACACGAUGCUAUUACCCUCUUUUCUCAAUUGCUUCAUGAAUUUAACCCUGAUGGUUUUACCCUGCCCUGUGUAAUUAAGGGCUGUGCAAGGUUACAUGCCACUAAAGAAGGGAAACAGAUUCAUGGGUUGGUCUUAAAACUUGGGUUUGGUUUAAAUAAGUUUGUAUCGAGUAGUUUGGUUAAUAUGUAUUCAAAGUGUAAAGAUAUUGACAGUGCAAAGAAAGUGUUUUUGUCAAUGGAUGAUAAAGAUUUAGUUUCUUGGAAUUCUUUAAUUGAUGGGUAUGUUAAAUGUGGGCAGGUUGAGUUGGGAAUGAAAUUGUUUGAGGAAAUGCCUGAGAGAGACUUAUUUUCUUGGACUGUUUUGAUUGAUGGGUUCUCUAAAUGUGGGAAAGUAGAUGUUGCUAGAGAGUUAUUUGAUAAGAUGCCUAGUAGGAAUUUGGUAUCCUGGAAUGCUAUGAUUAAUGGUUACAUGAAAGCUGGGGAUUUCGUGUUGGCGUCUGAAUUGUUUGAUAAGAUGCCUGAGAAGAAUUUGAUUUCCUGGAAUUCGAUGGUAGCUGGUUAUGAUUUGAAUGAAAGGUUUAAGGAAGCUUUAGAUUUGUUCCUGACUAUGUUGGAAAGAGAUUUUACACCUAAUCAUGCUACAUUAGUCAGUACUUUUUCUGCGGUUUCAGGGUUAGCUAGUCUUAGCACGGGAAAAUGGAUGCAUUCGUAUAUGGUUAAAAAUGGUUUUCAAUUAGAUGGUGUGCUUGCUACAUCAUUGAUAAAUAUGUAUUCCAAGUGUGGGAACAUUGAGAGCGCCUUAUCUGUUUUUCAGUUGAUAACCAAGAAGAAAUUGGGACAUUGGACUGCUAUAAUUGUAGGCUUAGGAAUGCAUGGCAUGGCUGACAAUGCUCUGGAAUUUUUUCAUGAAAUGUGCAGGACUGGAAUGAGGCCUCAUGCUAUAACUUUUAUAGGUGUAUUGAAUGCUUGUAGCCAUGCAGGAUUGGUUGAAGAUGGCCGGAAGUAUUUUGACAUGAUGGUAUAUGAUUAUGGAAUUGAACCCUCAAUUGAACACUAUGGUUGUUUUGUGGAUAUUUUAUGUCGAGCUGGGUGUCUUGAAGAGGCAAAGAACAUCAUUGAGAAUAUGCCCAUGACACCAAACAAGUUUAUUUGGAUGAGUUUACUUAGUGGUUCUAGGAUAUAUGGAAACACAGAUAUUGGUGAGUAUGCAGCUAGUCAUUUGAUUAAGGUGGCUCCGGAGACUAUUGGAUGUUAUGUUGUUCUCUCAAAUAUUUAUGCUGCCAGUGGUCUUUGGGACAGGGUUUCACAGGUUAGAGAAAUUAUGAAGAAGAGAGGGAUUAGAAAGGACCCGGGAUGUAGUUCUAUAGAGCAUAGAGGCAAGCUUCAUGAGUUUGUGGUGGGUGAUAAAUCACAUCCCCAAACAGAAGAGUUAUGUUUUAAGUUGACAGAGAUGGGAAAGAAACUGGAACUCGAGGGACAUGUCCCUGACACAAGCCAAGUUUUGCUAUGCAUUGAAGAAGAGGAAGCCAAGGAAGCAGAAUUGCAAGACCACAGUGAGAGGUUGGCUAUUGCUUUUGGUCUCAUUAAUGUAGAUGCUGGGAGUCCUAUCCGCAUCAUGAAGAACCUUCGGGUUUGUAGUGAUUGCCAUGCUGUGACUAAACUUCUAUCUAAAAUCUAUAACCAUGAAAUUAUUGUGAGAGAUAAUAGCCGUUUCCAUCAUUUCAAAAAUGGAAUAUGUUCCUGCAAGGAUUUCUGGUGACUGCUGCGGCUUAAUGGAAUUGGAGAAUUGGUUUCUGCUUCUGAGAUUGGAAAUAUCAGGCAAUCAGGAUGUCCUCAUAGCCAUUGAUACACUGGAGAAUAUCAGCAACUGCUUGUGUCAAUUGCUCAGAUUUUAUCUUUUAGUAAGCUGCAAAGUUUACAGAGGGAGAGAGAAGAAUACCUUGGAACUCCAAAUUACGAUCUUGAUCAUAUUUAGUCCAGGUCUUUCUCUUUCCCCCUGCCCAGGCAGCAUUGGAAUUGCUGUUGCAUAUCUCUAGAAUACUGCUUUUACCGUUGUAAGCAAGCAUGCUUUGGCUAAAAUCAUCAAAUUUAUGGUACAUUCCAACCAAACACAUGGUUAAGCACAAAGGAGUUGGAUAUUCUAGUGAUACAAUACUUUCCACAUAAUCAGUUUCCGCUACUAGUACAUGAGUAUUGAUGGACUCCAGAACAUGACUAUUUCAAUAAAA